AGUUCCUUUAGUUUUUCUUGAGACAUGGAGUACAGAAAGCGGGUGGACGCGCUAGUGUUUUUCUCGUUUCUUCUCGUCGGAUAUUUUGCUGCUCAUGCGUAUGAUGAGAAGGGUCAUGUCACGGAUGAAGUCGCUGUUCCUGCUCCAUCUGAAGGAGGAGUUAUGCGAGCAACAGGGGCACAUUGUGAAGUAUCUGUUCCGUGCAAAGAUAAAAGGUGCUACUGCUGCGUUGGGGGUAGAAUUGAUGAGUGUUACCUAACAAUGCCUUUCUGUAAUUAUGCCUGCUUCUAAACACAAACUAAGAUCGCUAUUGUUAUACACAAUGUAAUAACGGUAGGCAAUGCUAUUAAUAAUAUAUAGAGGGAUUUUUAAUUUC